CUCUCUCAAGGGAAGUGCAGGAAGUAUAGCAGCUCAGACACAUUCAGGCUCAGCCAUCAGACUGCACUUCCCUCAUCCUCACUCUCUCCUCAUCCCUCCAUUCAUCCUUCUCCCAACCAAUUCCAGUAAUCUGUGUCUCUUUCCCCCUUGUCACUCCCCCUCAGCACUUGUCUAUCUAUCCUAUUUCCAUCACUUUGAUUGACUUUGACAAAGUUUAAAGCAUGGGAUGUGGGAAUUCCACCUCAGACAGCACAGCUGCGGGUUCAUCUGAGUCAGCCAAAGAUGUGCAGGACGAUUCAUCUAUGGACGAUGAAAAGAGGAGGAACUAUGGUGGAGUGUAUGUGGGCUUACCUGCAGACCUCAGCAAUGUGGCCACCGGACAAACACCUUCCACACACAAAGAAUAAUGCUAUUCAGAGCUGAAGGCACAGAUAAAGGGCUUCCCAGAGGGAAUUUUGGCUGAAAAGUGCUGCGUAAUAAUCUCAAAAGGACGCAAUCUUCAUCAUCGUUGAUUGGCUCGUUGGGACAUCCCUGAAUCCUCUGAGAGCCAAUCAUCUAAUUGAACUCCCUGAAAACUGAACUGGAAUGACAAGAAUUACUUACAAGGUCAGACGUCAAAGACAAAUGUUAGCAUCCCUCAGCGCUUUUAACUGCUACCAGCACCUUGUUUCUCAGGACAGUGACACACAGGUGUUGAUGAUGACAAUCACAGAGCAAAGAAGACGUGUCUCUGAGCUCAAACCUUUUCCCUCGCUGUGUUGCUCUCGGUCACAUGUUCAUUAAGAGCACUUUUUAUGCACUUAUGAGUCUGUGUUUUUGUUCUUUCACUCUUUCAUCAUGAUUUGCAUCCUUUCAGACACUCUUCUCUAGUCUUAACGAUAAGCAUGUAAAAUCCAUUUGGUGAGUGUCAUGUUUGCAAGAGGACUAAAGUAGUACAGUAAAUGAAGUGCCUUUGAAAGAGCUUGACGCUGGUAUAUCAUGUGAAAUCAAGGGUUAUGUGUUUGUGAUUGGGUUUAAGGUCCCUCCAUCUCGGUAAUCCA